AUGGCCACGCUCAACGUCACGGGCCUGCCCGACCCAAAGCUUGUCUCGGACAAGCCCACGCUCGAGGCACUCAGGGCCUACGUCGAACCCAUCACCACCGCCCUCACCGGCGUCACGGUCCCAACCAGAUCCGGCACCGGCUCCCUCACCGCCACAGACCUCGCCCACCUCUCCCAUGACCUCCAGAAGUUCCAGGAAGAGGUCCUCGGCGCCUCGGUACCCCGACCCGCCGACCCCAGCGGCAGCUCGCCCGUCACACGUCACCCUCCGCGCAUCCCCGCCAUGCUCUUCGUCCCCACCGCAUCGCUCCAGAACACGGCUGCUCUGCCCGCCGAUCAGAGCCCCGCUCGCUUCAUCCUCGAAGAGUCGCUCCGAUUCCUCGCGUCCAAGGGUAGGACCACCUGGAACUUUGGCGACCUAGCGCUCAAGCACGAGAACGUCCACCUCGUCAUCGCUGUUCGAGAGGCGCUCAAGAGCAAGGGUCUGCUCAAGAGGGCCAGGAUCACGGCCAACGCGUCCAUCACCGAGGCCGAGCUCGAAUCGCUGCAGGCCAUGGCUUCACAGCUCGACUGUGAAUGGACCUCGGACCCCUCGGCCGCCACGCACAUCCUGUUCGCUUCGGAGGCCACGCCGCCGUCGUCGCCGCGAGCAGAGGGCGCACCGCCUGUCGAGGAGUACUUCAGGACGCUGGCCAGGCGAGGAGGCCGCGCUCUCGUCCAUGUCUGGUACCGGCCCGACUCGUACGACACAUGGCUGCCUGCCGCCGACUUUGCCGACCCGGACCCGGAGCCAGAAGCCCGCACAACGGCCUGGAAGGUCGGCACCAAGUGGCUCAAGGACAGCGUCCGCUUCAACGAGCUGAUGAACGAGGAAGACUACGAAGAGGAGGAGGAGGAGCAGGCAACGGCACCCACAGCGGACGCGGAUGCCGUCACCCAGGGUGCCACGGCCGAGCCGUCGGCAGACGUGGCGUCCAAGGGCAAGAAGCGAAGCCUACCCGACGAGGUCACCGACGAGCCGGUCGCUGGCUCGACUGAAUCCGGCGGCAAGCGCAUCAAGCUGCUCGUACCGGCCAAGCCGAUCGGCGCGAUCCCGAUCGAUCUCUCUGGUUCGCAGCCCAUCCCGGGCAAGAAGUAUGAGAACGAGCCCGUGCCCGGCGGUGUGCUCGGCAACCUCCCAGCCGAGACGGCCGGACCCACGAGGACCGAAGGCGAGCAGCCGUCCGUACGCGCCGCCAACGACUCGGACGUCACGAUGGCCGAGGCGGCCGACAAGGACAAGCCUGACGGCGAGGAAGAGGUGCAGGAGGACGGCGCGACCCACCCAGACACUGCGGCGCUCGAGGAGCAGAGGAACCGGGCCGAGGCGAUAGCGCGAAAGUACCUGGCCGCCCAGACGCAGGAGGUCAUUAUCCCCUCGUACUCGACCUGGUUCGACAUGUCGACGAUCAACGCCAUUGAGAAGCGCUCGCUGCCCGAGUUUUUUAACAACAAGAAUCGCAGCAAGACGCCCAGCAUCUACAAGGACUACCGCGACUUUAUGAUCAACACCUACCGCCUCAACCCGAGCGAGUACCUCACGUUCACCGCCUGCCGCAGGAACCUGGCCGGCGAUGUAUGCGCCAUCAUGCGCGUCCACGCGUUCCUGGAGCAGUGGGGGCUCAUCAACUACCAGAUCGACCCCGAGACGAGGCCCGCCACCCUCGGACCCCCCUUCACCGGCCACUUCCGCGUGCUCGUCGACACCCCUCGCGGUCUUCAGCCCCUUCACCCAGGCACCCGCCUCCCCAUUGCCCCUCAGGCCGCCGACCGCGCUAACGGAGCAGCCGUUGCGGGCGCUGAUGGCACUGCCGCCGCCGCCGCCGCAGGUGGCAAGCCCGACAUGAACCUAGAGCUUCGCAAGACCAUAUACCAGUCGACGCUCAAGGGCUCCAAGCCGAUCGAUCUGGCCGAGGCCGAUUCGCUCGUGGCUCAGGCGGACGCCGCCGUCAAGGCCGGAGCUGGAGCUGGCCCGCGCUACAGCUGCGACACAUGCGGCACCGACUGCACGCGCGUCCGCUACCACAGCAUCAAGGCCAAGGACUUCGCGCUGUGCUCGUCGUGCUACCUAGAGGGCCGCUUCCCGAGCUCGAUGUACUCGGGCGACUUCGUGAGGAUGGAAGACACCGUCUACAAGCAUGCCGGCGGACCCGCGGGCGGCGCCUCGGGGGCCCAGGACGACUGGACCGAUGCCGAGACGCUGUUGCUGCUCGAGGGGCUCGAGAUGUUUGACGACGACUGGUCCGCCGUCGCCGCCCACGUCGGUACUCGCUCGAGGGAGCAGUGCAUCACCAAGUUUAUUCAGCUGCCCAUCGAGGACGGCUACCUCGAGGGUGCGAGCCAGGCGGACAUGGGACCGCUGCAGUACGCGCUGCGCGACCCGAGCAACGACAAGAACGCCGGCGCCAAGUCGAUCCUGCCGUUUGCCCAGGCCGACAACCCGGUGAUGAGCGUCGUCGCCUUCCUCGCCAGCGCCGUCAACCCGGCCAUCGCGGCUGCCGCGGCGCAGAGUGCGCUGGGCGAGCUGACUGAAGGGCUGAGGCGGCGCGCGCAGAAGGAGGGCGGUGCCGCUGCUUCGGGCGAAAAAGAGUCAGGUGCCGAUGCCGCCGACUCUGGCGACAAGGACAAGAACAAGCCGAGCGAGGCGGGCGACGCCAUGGACGUCGACGGCGACAAGGAUAAGGAGGCGCAGCCGACGGGGGACAAGGACAAGGACAAGGAUGAUGAGGCUGGACGCGAACAGAGCGUCGUCGCCGGCGAGGCAGACAAGGACAGCGGCGACAAGGCGGCUCCUGCAGCCGACGGCGGCAGCAAGGGACCGAUUCCGCGCAACGCCGUCGAGCGGGCGGCUGCCAUGGCGCUGGGCGCCGCCGCUGCCAAGGCGCACGUGCUGGCCAGCUUCGAGGAGCGCGAGUGCCAGCGCCUGGUGGGACAGGUGAUUGAGGCGCAGAUGAGGAAGCUCGAGCUCAAGCUGUCGCAGUUCCACGAAUUUGAAUCGCUGCUCGAGUCGGAGCGGCGGAGCAUCGAGGCGGGGCGGAGGCAGCUCUACGCCGACCGGCUGGCGGUGCAGCGGCAGAUGGCGCUCGUCAACCAGCUGCUGGAAAAGGCGCACCGCGAGCCGGAAAACGUGCGUCCCGAAGAGGUGGUCCACGCCUCGUCGGCCGCCAACGGCCUGCCGCAGCAGGGUCCCGUCGUGCGCGAGGCCGUCGUCCCCAACGGUCCGCCCGCCGCCCCGCCCGGUGGCAUCGCCAGGAUCGGAUAG